GGGGCAGCACAAGGCGGGGCUGCGCCAGGGAAGGCGGGCCGGCGCGGGGCAUGCCGGGCCGCGCGCGGGCUGCCGGGAACGGGGCGGAGCGCGGCCGCGCCGGCGCGUCGAGGUGAGAGGCAGCCGCCGAGAUGGACGUGUUCCUUAUGAUCCGGCGCCACAAGACCACCAUCUUCACGGACGCCAAGGAGUCCAGCACGGUGUUCGAGCUGAAGCGCAUCGUCGAGGGCAUCCUCAAGCGGCCGCCCGACGAGCAGCGGCUGUACAAGGAUGACCAACUCUUGGAUGAUGGCAAGACACUGGGCGAGUGUGGCUUCACCAGUCAAACAGCACGGCCACAGGCCCCAGCCACAGUGGGGCUGGCCUUCCGGGCAGAGGACACCUUUGAGGCCCUGUGCAUCGAGCCAUUCUCCAGCCCGCCCGAGCUGCCUGACGUGAUGAAGCCCCAGGACUCGGGAAGCAGUGCCAAUGAACAAGCCGUGCAGUGAGGACCCCGAAGAGGCCCAUUCCCUUCAAUAAAAGAGAUUUGGCAGUCUG